AUGUCGUCAAUCUUACCCAAGGGAUUCAAGCUGCAGCCUGUGAUGUCUUCACUAACCAUCUCCAUAAUAGGGUUGCCGUUAUUUUUUUCCGUAAUGGGAUGGAAGCCUUUUUUCUUAUUUGCCUGGGAUCCAUUUAUUAGUAAAUGGAAUCAGUUUUGGAGACUUCUAAUCUUGCAAUUGCAAUUCCAGAAUCAAUCAGAGAUAACAUUAGCUUCUGUGUUAAUUUUGCUACGAUUGAAAGGGUUGGAAAGACUAUACGGAAGUUUGAAAAUGUUUAAAAUAUUGGUUCUACUCUAUUCCUAUAAUUUACUUAUUGUGACAUUUCUUAGUUUCUUUUUGUUCUUCACCUUUGAUUUUGACAUAUUCAUUCCAUCAGGACCAUUUGGAAUAUUAUUCGGGCUAUAUUAUCCAUUCUCUCGCUUUAUACCGGAAACAUAUGUUGCCGAAUUUGAUUUUACCAACGCCACGAGCUUGCGAAUCUUUGGAGAUGGUGCAAUCUUACCCUUAUCGGACGCUUUUCCUGUUCAUUUUCUAUUUGGAAUUUUAUCCUUAACGGAAGGCGUAUCUUCAUUAAUUGUCUCAAGCAUAGGGUACUUCAUCGGUAUUCUUUAUUUUCAAAACUUAUUGCCAUUAACAGACACGUCAUUGGGAUUUCUAGAUCCAAUCUACUUUAAAAUUACACAUGAAAAGAGCUUUGCUAGAGAAGGGAGAAAUAACACUACAUACAAUGGAGUUGAUAGUAAUCACAACGCAUCUGCUCUUGAUUUAGAUGAAGAAAAUGAACGAAGCCCAAGUGUCGAGGAUAAUGAUACACCUGUGCGCUCUAUUGGGCAAGAAGUUCUUCAUACCUUCACCAGAUAA